AGGUCCAUCUUAAUCAAGCGCAAGUAGUUUCCCAAUCCCCCGUUACCAUCUGGGAAAACGACGACCCUCUUUUCCUCUUCUCCUCCUCGUGCGAAUCUCUCCAAAACCUCUAAAGCGCUCUCUCUCGAUCUCUCCACUAUUCGGCGGCUGUGCGAGAUAGUAAACCGCCUUUUGUUCUGGUGUGUUUGUGCCGCGUUUUUGGGUAGCAUUUUUUUUUAUUUUUUCUGUGCGAGUCGCGGCCGCGGUGGUACUAAUGGCUGUGGCCGCUCCCGGGCAGCUGAAUCUGGACGAGUCCCCCUCCUGGGGAUCUCGCAGCGUCGAUUGCUUCGAGAAAUUGGAGCAGAUCGGUGAAGGCACGUACGGGCAGGUUUACAUGGCUAGAGAAACAAAAACUGGUGAAAUAGUGGCUCUGAAAAAAAUUAGAAUGGAUAAUGAAAGAGAAGGGUUCCCUAUUACAGCCAUACGUGAAAUUAAAAUACUGAAGAAGCUGCAUCAUCAGAAUGUUAUCCAGCUGAAGGAGAUCGUAACUUCUCCUGGUCCUGAAAAGGAUGAACAAGGAAAACCAGCUGAGGGUAACAAGUACAAGGGAAGCAUCUACAUGGUCUUUGAAUAUAUGGAUCAUGAUUUGACUGGAUUGUCAGAUAGGCCUGGGAUGCGGUUUACAGUGCCUCAGAUUAAGUGUUACAUGAAGCAGCUCCUAACGGGACUUCAUUAUUGUCAUGUCAAUCAAGUGCUACAUCGUGAUAUUAAAGGGUCCAAUCUUUUGAUUGAUAAUGAGGGCAAUUUGAAGCUUGCUGACUUUGGGCUUGCACGAUCAUUCUCUAGUGAUCACAAUGGAAAUCUCACCAAUCGUGUAAUCACUUUAUGGUAUAGACCUCCAGAGUUGCUGCUGGGAGCCACAAAAUAUGGUCCAGCAGUUGACAUGUGGUCUGUUGGUUGUAUCUUUGCUGAACUGCUGCACGGGAAACCAAUAUUACCUGGAAAGAAUGAGCCGGAGCAGCUGAAUAAAAUAUAUGAGCUCUGUGGAACUCCGGAUGAGGUUAACUGGCCUGGAGUGACUAAAAUUCCCUGGUAUAACAAUUUCAAGCCUGCACGCCCCAUGAAGAGACGUGUUAGAGAGGUUUUCAAACAUUUUGAUCGUCAUGCUUUGGAUCUACUGGAGAGGAUGCUAACAUUGGAUCCCUCUCAGAGGAUAUCUGCCAAAGAUGCACUUGAUGCAGAGUAUUUCUGGACUGAUCCCCUGCCUUGUGAUCCCAAAAGCUUGCCCAAGUAUGAGUCCUCACACGAAUUUCAGACAAAGAAAAAGCGUCAGCAGCAACGGCAGCAAGAAGAAACUGCGAAGCGUCAAAAGCUGCAGCACCCGCAGCCGCACACUCGACUGCCUCCCAUCCAGCAAACGGGCCAGCCGCACCCUCAGAUCAGGCCUGGCCCGAGCCAGCCGAUCCACACUGCCCCGCCCCCCAUGGCUGCAGGCCCGAGCCAUCACUAUGGUAAGCCCCGUGGGCCCUCUGGAGGGCCCAGCAGGUACCCACCGGGUGGAAAUCCGACUGGAGGGUAUAACCCAACUCGUGGGGGCCAAGGUAGUGGCUACGGCAGCGGCCCGUAUCAGCAGCAAGGGCGGGCGCCGCCUUAUGCUGGCAGUGGCAUGCCGCCCACCGGUGGGCCUAGAGGUGGGAGCGGUAGUGGAUAUGGAGUCGGUGCGCCAAGUUAUCCCCAAGGUGGCCCAUAUGGUGCUUCAGGAGCUGGCCGCGGCCCCAACAUGAUGGGUGGAAACCGAAACCAACAACAGCAGUACGGCGGCUGGCAGUAGAACAAAAGGCAUGGUGCUAAUCUCACUGUUGAUGAGAACAUCAGAAUGUAGCUUAGGUACGCCACCUUUUUUUAUAAUCAGGGCAAAGAAGCGAGCUCUCAAAAAGUGGAGUAUGCUUUCCUCGGUAAGUGAUGAAGAUCUUGAAUAUGACGGGCUAUGGCGGGCUUGAAGACGGUCGCAAGCGUGUACAGCAUGAAAAUCAUCAAAUAUAUCUAAACAAAUUCAAGUGAACUUGUGCUGGGAUUAGGCUAUCAGUUUUUUCCUUGCCCUUUUUAGUUUCUGGAAUAUGAACGUGUAUAAACUUUCUACUUAACGCUCAUCUUAGAUUGCCAGCUUGUUUGACAAAUUUAUUUUCUACCAAGAUAGUGAACUCAAUUAUAAGGCCAUAGUGCGCCCUGGUGUAUCAUCCAUAAUUUUAAAGUGGAAAAAUUGUUGGGUGUGA